AUGGAACCAGAAAUGACCAGCACUGUGGAUUACGGCAAACAGCUUGCUUUGAAUGAGAGUCUCAGCAGCGAGAAUCGCAAAGGAGUGUCUGAAGAUGCAAAAUAUUUGGAAGAAAGAUGGAGAGCUCUUAUGAAGUCUACAGACGAGGAGUAUGCCAGGCGAGUUGUUUACAGUAAAUAGUAAAGUAGCAGCUCCUCGUAAGGUGUCUCCUGAUUGGUCUCACUGUUUAUCAGUAUUUCCAUUAUUUCACGGUUACAGUAGCAAAACAAUUGGCUUUUUUAGCUGCUCUAAGAUAUGUGGUUAGAUAUUUAAUGCAGAUAUUUUAUUCAGUAUUUCUUUACAUUUAUACGUUGUAUAAAAGAACUGAUCGGUAAGGGGUUCUCCAAUCACUGGAUCGACCGAUCCGCGGCCCGCUCUUCUGUCUCCUGAAUGCAUUGUUUUUUAAAGAACGCCUAUAAUAAGGCAAGCAAUCCACACAACUUAACUAGUGUAAAGGAAUGGUCAGUUCAAUGGAAGCUUUUCAGCAGUGAUUACUUGUGACCUAUUUGCACCUAGUAUACAUGUACAUGUUGUUGUUCAAUUUUAUCCUUGGUUAAAAUUUUAUUUUCGUCUGUUUUUUGGGUAUGGUAAUGUAUGAUAAUGAUUUACAAACAAAGAAAAGAAAAUUUAAAGCAAGGAUGAAAUUGAACCGCAACGUAUACAUGUACAAUAAGGUCCUAAUUAUUCUAGUUAUUCUCUUUCCCAGGGCUUUUGACCCUCUCAGUUUCUAAUGGCAAAACCCUGGGGACGAGGUUGAUGGCUGGUACAUGCAUUAACCGAUAGCUUAAUGUCUUUGUAGAAUCGGAGUCCAGCUUGGCGAGGCUCAAGCUAAACAAAGCCACUUAGCUACCUGGCAUGAACGAUGUGAUGAGCUUCAAGAGUGGGUAACAGACAGGUAUACAAGGCUCCGCUCCCGUCCCACAUCCCCUGAGGCCUCCUUUGGCGGAAUAAAAAGGCAACAAAGCGUUAUUGAGGUACGCCCAUAGAACAUACUCAAUACGUUAUCCGAUUCCUUCGGGUCAUCAGUCUGCACUUCUAGGUGUCUAGCCUUAGGUUGUUUAUGUUUACUUACACUAGAAAACUUGGUUGCUUACCAUUUACGCAAGCCACCGGGUGGAAAUCUUGUGGGUAAAUAUAACUACAAAAUUUGACGUGUUGGUAGAAUGAGCCUCUACAAAGUAUAGUGAACAGACUAAAACGAGAUAAUCUUGAUUCGCCUGAAAUAAAAACCAGUUCCGAAGUUUCCCAAACGGAAUGGCGCGAACCAUUUGAUUCUCCAACCAAAAUUUCCGGUUUUCUCAUUUAUGGUAGACUCGUACCCAGUCGCUAUUUAUGUGUUUUUGGGGUCAGAGAAGAUUGGGGGUUAGGUUGAGGAGCGCGCGGGGUGUCAUUGGAAUGGACAUGAUACCCCGCGCGCGCCUCAACCUAACCCCCAAUCUUCUCUCACCCCCAGAAACACAUAAAUAGCGACUGGGUACGAGUCUGCAUUUAUGGUAAGAACCUCUUUUGUCACAUUGUCUCUCUGUUCAACCAGUUUGUGUUACGUCGACGUAAUACUGUUUACAAGAAGGCGCUUAUGAUAGACUAAUAUCAUAUUCUGUCGAUUUUCUAAAAUGAGCUUUGCUCUUUUAGGAUUUAGUAAAGGACUUAGUUUCCAAACAAGGUGAAGUGAACGAGAUCAUUGACGAGGGAAAUCAAUUUAUCGAGGACAAAAGUUUACUUGAAGGGGAAAGGAGGAUUGCCCAUGAAAAGAUGAUCGCGCUACAUAAUGACUGGAACAAGCUGGCCACGUUAACAUCAGGCAAACAACAAAGGUAAACAACAGAAAUAUAUAUAUUAGAAAAGUGUGGGGAAACAAGUCCUCUGAAUCACCGGGUAAAUUUACCGCUUUUGAUUUUCUACUUGAAUAUCAAAACCUUAGGACUACGGACUCAAAACAAGGGAACACAAAAUUAACAGCACAGAAAUGUUAUGUUUAUUAUUUUCUCUUCAAUUUUUCAUCAUCAUCGUCAUCAUCAUCAUCAUCAUCAUUAUCAUCAUCAUUAUCAUCAUUCUAUUUUAUUAAGUUAUACUACUACACGAGAAAUUUCUGCAGUUUGAUUGGCUUAGACCAGUGGUAUUUCAGCUUAAUUUGAAAAUACCUACAUGUGAAAAUUACAAACCUUUAGUGGGUAGUAGUAUAAACAAAUAAUAGCAUGAUUUGUACGUGAUAUUUGGCAUAAAUACCACUCGUGAUAUAUCAAAAUUGUUUCAAAUUUCACUCGCCUAACGGCUCGUGAAAUUACGAAUAACAUUUUGAAAUAUCACUCGUGGUAUUUAUGCCAAAUAUCACUACAAAUCAUGCUAUUACCUAUACUAAUUAAUUAACUAAUUUAUCUAUUUACUCGAAAUUGAAACUCUCCCAUAUUAUUACGCGCAGCCCAGACCUGAUAAAAAAACGUACCGUCUUCAGACAUGCCCUUUAAACCUAAGAAAAAAUAUCUUGUGAUAACAGUGCUUGAAACACGUCUCCUUUCAGCGUGCAAGUAUUGCUUUUAGAGAAGGAACAACAGCAUCUAGACAAGACCCAGAACUGGAGAAGAAAAAUAGAUCCUCUGAUGAUGUGGAUCUCAUCCGCGGAGACCAGACUCAACACUCACUUUGAGAUUGCACCAGAUCUGGAUACCGUCAAGAAACAAAAAAGAGAAUUAGAGGUACGCUUUACCAAUGCUUUCCUAACCGUUUUUUUUUCAGAGGUUAUGCUGUUUUUUGUAGGAGAAGACAUUCCAAAACCCUCAAACUCUAAAAAUUAGUAAGAGUGGUGCUGGAAAACAUUCGACUGGUAUUAAAAUGACUUAAAAAUCGCCAGAAUAAUUAAAACGGUUAUUAAAGACAUUGUUAGAAAUUUACUUUAAUCAGGAGCCCAUAACCAGAAGAAAACGAAUGCAUUUUAUGUAACUGUUGUUGUGUCCCGGCAUGCUCAAACCAUCGAACCUAGUGGCCGUACUUUUGACAAUGCUGUUUAAAAUCAAAACACUUUUAAACUCGAUUUUCACUUCACUGCGCUAAAAUAAUGGAAAGCGACCGUUUCGGUAAUAAAAAGGUCUCCGCAUUUUCCAGGUACGUUUGUGUAGAAUACGCAUUGCAUCGAUAUAACAUAUAGAAAUGAAAUCUCGUUAUCUCCUGUCCCAGUUUGAAACACAUUUUUAUCUUUCGACCCUCCUGUUAUUUGAAACCGAUUUCAUUUUCCCUAAAAAGGUUAGAAAAAUCAGGAUUCCACUAUGUUAGCAAAAACACGGCUUGUGAUGAUUUGAUUAUUUUUUCUACAUAAUAAUAGGACUUUAAUGAUGAUAUGCUGUCUCAUCAACGCGAGGUAAGCGAUACUCUGGUGUACGGCGACAAGUUGCUAAAAGAUUCCGAACUUCCUGAAGACGACAGGACCGCGAUUCAGAAGGAAGUCCUCGAUCUGAGUCACCGCUGGGAGAAUCUUGAGGAACUUGUGUCGUGGAAAACAGACAGGUAUGUUAAUUUACAAGUAGCAAACAAUUAGCCUGUCAUCUUGUGACGUCAUGGUACAGUAACUGUUCAACAAAUAGAUUCCAUGUUGUCGUGCGUCUGUUCAGCAAUAGAUCACAGUUGACGUCAAAAUGUGGUAAAAACGAAGAAGUGGCACACGAGCCUCAGGCGAGUGUGUCACUGAUGUUUUUACCAUUAAUGGCCAUUAAUUCCGCGUUGAACUCAGUAGGCCACAACAGAUGAGCCUGUUAUAUGUUAGCCUGUGGACAGCGGUCUUUAUAUGUAUGUCUCACUAAAAGCUAAAACUCUACUUGAGCAGUGCUACGCAUUCUGGAGUAGAAUAAAAGUGUUCUGGAACAAACCUGUUAUUGCAAUGAACCAUAAUUAUCUUUUUAACUUCGGUUGUCAGAAUUGAAGACACAAUAGUGAAGCUUAAGAUUCAACAAGAAGACAAACUUCAGAAGUGGCACGAAGACCUGGGUGACAUCAAUGGAUGGGUGAUGAAAACUAGAGUCAAAGUCGACGCACAGGUUACACUUGCUUCUGAUGUGGAUGGUGCUUUG